AGUAUGAUUGGGGUUACCAAUUGGGGUGCGUAUUUGGCUAGGGCAGGAUGCAUUACUACGGCAAUGACCAACAUGUUGAAUGUUAUUCGUGAGCCGGAGACUAGAGAGGGGAGAGGGGAACCUGCGGUUAUAAAAAGCACAUAAUAUUCGUCAUGCACACCUAACUUACCUUCAUCUGAUUGUGCGGAGAAUUAAUCGACAUCUCUUCAUGGAGUCAAUAUCUUUUCUUCCCAGGCAAAUCACCCUCGGUCACUUGCUUCAAGCAAGUAUUCUUGGAAGUCUUGCUGUGGCCUUUCUCUAUUUAAUUGGCAAUGAGAUCAUUCGCAGUCGCGCACGAAUCUCUGGCUUGAAAAGUCCGAAAGGAUGGCCUCUCGUCGGGAAUCUCCUCGAUAUAUGGGAGAAUGCGGCGUUGAAGUAUCAAGAAUGGGCUAAAGAAUAUGGCGACGUCUACCAGGUCAUGUUAGGGAAUACCGCAGUAGUUGUCGUUAAUAGUAGUGCAGCUGCGAAGACUUUAUUCAUGUCCAAUUCACAGGCUUUAAGUUCCCGACCGAUAGCUUAUACGUUUCAUAAGAUAGCUUCCAGCACUUCUGGCUUAACAAUUGGCACCUCACCUUACGAUGAGAGCUUAAAGAAAAAGAAGAAAGCGGCGGCUGUAGCCCUUAACCGUCCUGCUAUUCAAACUUAUAUACCAUAUCUAGACAUUGAGACGAAAACAUUUAUUCGAGAUCUCUUCAAUUACGGAAAGGCGGGGAAAGCCGCCAUCGAUCCACUUCCCAUGGUUCAACGAUUAAGUCUGUCACUAGUGACGACGAUCAACUGGGGUAUCCGGAUUCCUUCUUUCGAGGAUGAGCUGUUUAAAGAAAUCGUUCACGUCGAAGAAGGACUCAACAAGACUAGAUCAACUGUUGGAAACCCUCAAGACCACAUUCCCCUACUCCGUCUAAAUCCUAGGAAUGAGGGUUCAGUCAAAGCACGGGAUUUGCGACAGCGUCGGGAUAGGUAUCUUGCCAAGCUAAACCAAGACCUUGCAGAAAAAGUUGCCAAAGGAACCAACAAACCCUGCAUCCAAGCAAGCGUAAUAAAAUACAAAGAGGUCGAGCUCAACGACACUGAAUUAGCUGCCUUCAGCUUAUCGGUUUUGGGAGGAGGAUUCGAGACUGUUUCAACCACCGUUCAGUGGACGAUUGCUUACCUGGCACAGCAUCCAGAUAUUCAAGACAAAGCUCAUGAGGAGAUCCGGCGGUUCCAAGGAUCCGAUGAACCCCUAUGCGACGCUGCCGAUGACCAGAAGUGCGCUUAUAUACUUGCGAUGGCAAAAGAAGCCCUUCGAUAUUUCACCGUUAUUCCAUUAGCACUACCGCGAGAAAGCAUCAAGGAUAUUGAGUAUAACGGGGUCCGUAUUCCAACUGGGAGCACAGUGUACAUGAAUGCAUGGGCUUGCAACUACGAUCCGAAAUUGUGGUCUAAACCUGAUGCUUUCAUUCCGGAGCGGUGGCUGGAGAAACCGGACGCUCCUUUGUUCACGUUCGGGUUGGGCUAUCGCAUGUGUGCAGCCCACAUCCUUGCAACUAGGGAGUUGUAUAUCAUAUUCAUGAGAUUGCUGAGCAGUUUCCGCAUAGAGGCCCCGGAAAAGAUCAAAUGCGACCCAAGGUUUGACAUGGUUAAUCCAAAAGACCUUAUUAUGUCACCGAAGCCAUACCGUGCAUUGUUUGUGCCAAGGGAUGAAAUAAGGCUAGGGGAAGCUCUGAGUUCAUUUGAGUGAAUAAUGGUCACUUAAGUCAUACUCGCUAUGUGUAUCAUCACACGAAUACCAAAAAGAAUAUUCUACGGAUAUCGAUGUCUCGCUUACCAAUAUCUAAAGAAACAUGUAGAUUUAUUACCUUGCUCUGGAUGAAACGACAGCUCCCUAGACAUGAAAGCGUCUUCUUUAGGCAUCAACUAGGAAUGGAACGUGUCGAACACACUUUG